AUGAACAGCUCCAGUGCUGGUUUAUAAGAAACUGGUGGAUUUCUUUUAAGUCACGGGGUCUAUGAAACGGAGGGGGGGGGACAUCAUAUAAAGAGACUCUUCCUUCUCUUUGCUGCAGAUCUACAUCAGCUACAGGAUGGGUUGGGGAAACAGUAAACCUGCAACACCACCACCGGUAUGGGUGCCGCCGAGCCCCACUUUGAAGGAACCAUGGAGGAACGUAGCCUGGGGAAAGAAAGCAAAAGAUCUCCAGUAUGUAAAGGAUUAUGAGCCUGACCACGAGGACAUCAAACAGAUCCGGAUCCUUCUGUACGGACCUGUCGGAGCUGGGAAGUCCAGCUUCAUCAACUCCGUCACCAGCGUCGUACGAGAAAGACUGUCUAUUGCUGCUUUGGCCAGUGCAACCACCUCGGACAAAAGUUUCACCAAAAAAGUAAGAACACUUUAG